AAUUGACUGGAUGGGAUAACUGAAAAUGGAGAACAGGAAUGCUGAAAUUAAAUCUGAAUUGAAACUACACAUAAAGAUGAAAAAAAGUGUUCUUUAAUAUAAUCUCUACUUCGGAAUAUUCUAACCUACAGAGCAAAUAAAAAAAAACCCCGGACUGUCGCGCAGGCGAACGCGAAAGUGGCAGAAGUGACUUGAAAUGAACGCGGAUUUUAAGCGGCGAUCUGCAUGCGCGAGAGGUGGACUCUUCCCACACCAUCACCCCCCACCCCCGGAAAUCCUGGAAAAGGAUUAAGGAAAGUGUAGAGAGGCGCCUAAUGUGACAGCACAGAACCCCGAGCCUGGGGUUAUAACCUGCCUCUUGCCAGUUGGGAAGAUCCAAAGGGGGUGGAGUAGACAGAAAUUUAAAGCAAUGGGUUAAUAAACAACUGACUUCCGUCAUCUAGCUGUGAUUUUUUUCUGUGUAGCUAACUGCAGGGAGAAUCAGACAAGAACAGUGACAGCCUCAGAUCUUGCUCUCUCCACAACUUGAGGAAGAAAAGUUAACGAGAGUUGCAAUUCGUUUUGUUUUAACUCUGGGGGGAGGGACAAGUUAGAAUGGACUCGUUGAUCCGAUUCAGCCGAAGGUGAGGAGAGGGAAGGCGUUUGAAAUAGCGAAUCUGAAAACUGGAUGAAGAAGAAGGCGCUGUACUGACAGCGGCCGGUGUCAGAUAUGGGGACCGUCACCAUCUCCAGCAGCUUAGCGGUCCUGCUGUACUGCUCGGUCCUCAGCUGUGUGUAUGCUCUGGUGGAUGCAGAUGAUGUUAUUACCAGAGACGAACAGAUUUACCUGCUGCAACAUGCUAAACACAAGUGUGAACAGAAAUUGAAGUCCAGGAUAACUAAAGUUACUGAAGGAUUUUGUGCUCCCCAAUGGGAUGGCGUGCUCUGCUGGCCGGAAGGACCACCAGGCAAAUUGGUUCCAAUGCAGUGUCCAGAUUACAUAUACGAUUUCAACCACCAAGGCCACGCUUACCGGCAGUGCAAUAUCAAUGGGAGCUGGGAGCUUGCAAUAAACAACAACCGAACAUGGGCGAAUUACAAAGAGUGUCAAAGGCUCCUUCCAGUUGUGAACCAGAGCGCAGAAGAGGGUACCUUUUAUCGUCUGUACCUCAUAUACACAGUGGGCUACUCUGUCUCAUUUGGCUCGUUGACUGUGGCUGUUAUUAUACUGGGCUACUUCAGACGCCUUCACUGUACCAGGAACUACAUCCACAUCCAUCUCUUUGUGUCUUUCAUGCUCCGAGCAAUCUGUACCUUUGUGAAGGAUGCAGUGCUGUACUCAAAGACAGCUUUCUUAGAUAUGGAAGGGGUGAACCUGAAAUCUAUAACUGAAUCUCCUCCAUCUCAGGAUAAGUCUGAAUAUAUUGGAUGCAAGGUGGUUGUCAUCAUUUUCCUUUACUUUCUGGCUGCUAAUUACUACUGGAUUCUGGUCGAAGGCCUUUAUCUCCAUAGCCUCAUCUUCAUGACAUUUUUCUCUGAUAAGAAGUAUCUCUGGGGCUUCACCUUAAUUGGCUGGGGGGUCCCCGGUGUGUUUGUCGCAGCAUGGAUAAGUGUGAGGGCAACUCUGGCAGAUACACAGUACGUAUGGAGGCGUUACCAGCUUGGUUGCUGGGAUCUAAGUGCUGGAAACUUAAAAUUGAUUUUUCAAUUACCUAUUCUGGCUUCAAUAUUGGUGAAUUUCAUGCUUUUUAUCAAUAUUAUCAGACUUCUCGCCACCAAACUGAGAGAGUCCAAUGUCGGAAGGUGUGACACCCGUCAACAGUACCGGAAGCUGCUGAAGUCGACUCUGGUCCUGUCACCUCUCUUCGGAGUACACUACAUUGUCUUCACGGCAAUCCCUUACACUGAGGUGUCCGGCAUUCUCUGGCAAAUCCAGAUGCAUUACGAAAUGUUCUUUAAUUCCUCUCAGGGUUGCUUUGUGGCUGUUAUCUACUGCUUUUGCAAUGGAGAGGUCCAGAGUGAGAUCAAAAAAGCAUGGGCCCGUUGGAUUUUGGCACUUGACUUCAAACGCAAAGCUCGGAGUGGAAGCACUGCCUACAGCUAUGGGCCAAUGGUGUCACACACGAACAACAGCAUCAGUGCCAACAUAACCACCCGGGCACCACAAACUCUCCACCUCAAUAGCCGAGUGGGUGGCGGGUUACUCGAUGGGCAUUGGAACCUGCCGGGCUACGUGAAGAGCAGCUCCGUGUCAGAGAACUCACACCCCUCCUCCCUUCCCGAGCAGUUUGGCAAGUCUCCAGCAUCCAACAAGCCUUCACUGGUUGUUGAGGAAGAGAGGGAAACUGUAAUGUAAUUGAUAGACACACUUAAGAAACUUCAUUUCCAACUGCACACCACAAACGUGAGACACUGGCAUUGGACUGUAUCAUUUCUGCCACACUGGAACAGCAGGCUCCUGAAAAUAGAAAAGGGAAAAUAAUUGUGAAGAGAGAGUUAGGAAGAUAUGACAUGUCUGGCUUCAUCAUGCUUUCCUGCCAUCUACUAAAGGUUGUCUGGACAUUUGAGUAAUUAUUUAGAGCUUUGUUAAGCACUGUUUCACAACAUUGUCACAGGUGCCAGUGUUCAGUGGCUCGAUUCAAAACAACUUGGAUGACAAUCAUUGCUUCACCCAGCCUGAAUCUAGCAGAGGAACUCCUUGAUUCCAGUACUUCACAGCUCACUCAGCCAAACUAGUUGACCAUAUUAAGCUGCACGUAAUCUUAUCAAAUUCACAGGAGAGAGUGAGUUAUCAAAUCCCAUUUAGACAAUAAAAAGAGAAAAUGCUGGAGAUACUCAGCUGGUCUUUGGGCUCCUUAUUUUAGAAACAAUUUAAUGACACUUGAGAGGGUUCAGAGAAGAUUCACAAGAAUGAUUCCAAGACUGAAAGGGUUACUGUAUGAGGAACGUCUGGGAGCUCUUGCGCUGUAUUCACUGGAGUUCAGGUGCAUGAGGGGGGAUCUUAUAGGAACAUUCUGAAUGUUAAAAGGCCUGAACAGUUUAGAUUUGGCAAAGUUAUUUCCCAUGGUAGGGGAGUCCAGGACAAGAGGGCACGACUUCAGGAUUAAAGGAUGUCCUUUUAGAACAGAGAUGCAGAGAAAUUACUUUAGUCAGAGGGUGGUAAAUCUGUGGAAUUUGUUGCCAUGAGUGGCUGUGGAGGCCAAGUCAUUGGGUGUAUUUAAGGUAGAGAUAGAAAGGUUCUUAAUUAGUCAGACUUCAAAGGGUAUGGGGAGAAGGCAGGGGAGUGGGGAUGACUGGAAGAAUUGGAUCAGCCCAUGAUUGAAUGGUGGAGCAGACUUGAUGGGCCGAAUGGCCUACUUCUGCUCCUAUGUCUUAUGGUGUUAUAAGUCAGGCAACAUCUGUGAAGAGUGGAACAUGGUUAACAUUUUGGGGUGACGGAAGUCAGAUUCCGAAUGAAUGACAAAGUUGUGGACAUCUGGAGGGAUUAGAUAACUACCAGAGUGAAGGGUCUGGGAGAUGGCCAGAACAAAGUUAUGCACUAACUGGAGUUUAAAAUGUGCCCCUUCCUAUUGUUAUAGAGUUGUUAUGGCGAUGUACCACUUCACAUAGUGAUGCAGAGCCCCACUGAGGUGUGACACCAUCCUGGACAUCUUGCACUGAUAUUAGACCUUUUCAUUUUAGGUGUUUAACAAAACGAAGAUCAGAAAUGAUGUGUAGCAAGUAGAUUCAGUAAUCAACGUCAGGACAGGUCCUCAGUGAAAGAAUCAUUAGAAUUCAGACUGAGCUGAGGUCAAUUACUACCUGAAGGACCGCAGAUCAAUGUCCCUGCAAGAUUCAGUUAUAUCCAAUGUGUUGAGUUGGAUCGUAGUCACUCCAGUAAAAUACAACCUCAAUUUAAACCACGAUCUUCUUCACAAAGUAGGUUUUGAUAUAUAUGCAUGUAUUAGGUUCAACUGACUUUGUGUCCACCUGCUGUCCAGUGAAACUAAUUGAAGUGCAUUCUAAACGUGCCUGGUUGUUGUUGCUGAUUGAGUUUGUGAUGUCAAUGUUGUCUGGUUGAUAAUUGUGAGAAAAAGGAGUAAAUUAUUAUUUAUUGUUAAUAUUUUUAAAAUUCAAAAGACUGCAUCUUUAGUGAAUGUGAAAAGAAAAUAAACGUGCUGUCUCUACCAUGA